AGGUGAGGGGACAAGCCAGUGUGAUCAGGAAGCAGUGUCAGUCCCUUAGUCUAGUCAAGCUUCAAGCUUCUUGAUCUCAGAUUAAUUUUGGAUCUGAUUCAGCCAAGAUGGACUCUUCAGCCAAUCAAAACGGCGAAAUUGUAGUUUACUCUCCUCUUAAGGGUGAGCAUCUAAUUCAUGGCUACGGUGACCAAGGCCAGUUCCCUAACAGAGGCUACAACCACGAAGAUAAGUUCCUUAACCGAGGUUACAACGACCAAGGCCAGUUCCCUAACCGAGGUUACAACGACCAAGCCCAGUUCCCUAACCAAGGUUACAACGACCAAGCCCAGUUCCCUAACCAAGGUUACAACGACCAAGCCCAGUUACCUAACCGAGGUUACAACGACCAAGCCCAGUUACCUAACCGAGGUUACAACGACCAAGCCCAGUUCCCUAACCAAGGUUACAACGACCAAGCCCAGUUCCCUAACCAAGGUUACAACGACCAAGCCCAGUUCCCUAACCAAGGUUACAACGACCAAGCCCAGUUACCUAACCGAGGUUACAACGACCAAGCCCAGUUACCUAACCGAGGUUACAACGACCAAGCCCAGUUCCCUAACCAAGGUUACAACGACCAAGCCCAGUUCCCUAACCGAGGUUACAACGACCAAGCCCAGUUCCCUAACCGGGGUUACAAUGACCAAGGCCAGUUCCUAAACCGUGGCUUCGGUGACCAAGGCAUGUCUCAGAUCCGAAGCCAUGACGACAGAGAAGAAAGGGCCUUCCAGAGUUAUCUAACACCUCGUACAGAGGACACAAUGUAUUAUUCUUCCAUCACAGAUAUCCAUGAAAACAAAAUGCCCAACGGAGUUGGAUUACAGCGACCUCCCGCUCUGGACCAUGAUCACGUGAUAAUACCGGCUGUGUUGUCCUGGGAGAGCAUCACGGUGCGAGUCAAGGGGAAGAAGGGUCAGAAGUCAAGCAAGGGAACUGUAGGAGACGCCGCAGUUCCGGUUCCUGAUCCUGGGAAAACCCAGUCGAAGGGCGGCAAAAUCAUUAUUGACAAUGUGUCGGGCAUAGUAAAGCCAGGGACGCUGAUGGCCAUCAUGGGAGCCAGUGGUGCAGGAAAGUCCACACUGCUCAACGUCUUGACCUGCCGCAACUUGAAAAGUUAUGUGCUGCAAGGGGAAGUAAAGGUCAACGGGGUCAGCCUGGGCAGCAGCAUCCGCAACAUUUCUGGCUACGUCCAGCAGGACGACCUGUUCAUCGGAACUCUGACUGUCCGUGAGACCCUGAGAUUCAGGGCAAUGCUGAGAAUGGACAAAAACAUAACCAAAGACCGACUUGCCAAGGUUGAAGAGGUUAUCAAAGAGAUGGGACUGUCAAAGUGUGCCCAGACCCAGGUGGGGUCAACUGGACAAAAAAGAGGUAUUUCUGGAGGAGAGCUGAAGCGACUGUCUUUUGCCUGCGAGAUGCUGACCAACCCUCCCAUCAUGUUUUGUGACGAGCCUACGUCAGGCUUGGACACGUUCAUGGCGCAGAACAUCGUCCAGACUCUUCAAAACAUGGCCAGCAGGCGGCGCACCAUCCUGUGUACCAUCCACCAGCCCUCGUCCGAGAUAUACGCCUUGUUUGAUCAACUUCUGCUGAUGGCGGAGGGUAGGGUGGCCUUCAUGGGUUCCACAAAACAAGCUUUGGAAUUUUUUAGCAGCUUGAACUUCGUGUGCCCACCAAACUUCAAUCCUUCCGACUUCUUCGUGUUGACGCUGGCCAUUGUUCCAGGAAAGGAAGAUGAAUGUAAACGCAAAGUCAAGGCCAUAUGCGACACCUUUGUACAAACGGAGCAGGGUGGACAGAUCAUGAAAGAUGUUAAACAAGUCAGCUCCCUCAGGAGGCAAGACACUUUAAUCGAAGAUGCUAAGAAAAGCGAGUCAAGAUACAAGACCAGCUGGGGCCGCCAGUUUCUCAGUGUUUUUUGGAGGAGUUGGGUCUCUCUCACCCGCGAUGUUGUGCUGCUCCGCGUACGUGCGAUCCAGAACCUGGUCGUGGCUGUGGCCCUGGGACUUAUCUACCUCCGACUUACUUACGACCAGAAAGGAGUCAUGAACAUUAAUGGCGCUAUGUUUAUUCUCAUCCUGAACCUCUCGUUCAACUGCAUGUUCUCUGUCGUCAACUCCUUUCCGAGUGAAGUGCCUAUCUUCCUUCGAGAAUAUGGAUCCGGACUGUACAGGGUCGAUGUCUACUUCCUGUCUAAAAUUCUGGCAGAGUUACCAACCUUCAUCGUGAUUCCACUGAUGUUCAUCACCGUUGACUACUGGAUGAUGGGACUUUAUGGAACAGGAGAGGCAUACAUCAUCAAUGCAGCUGUCUUCGUCCUCGUCGCCAAUGUUGCUGUCUCUUUUGGCUACGUCAUCUCAACGGUUUCCCCUAACGUCAACGUGGGCUUGGCCCUCGCGCCACCCAUGAUGAUACCAUUGCUUCUGUUCGGUGGCUUCUUCCUCAAUGAUGAUUCUAUACCCAUCUACUUCAUCUGGCUGAAGUACUUAUCUUGGUUUAAGUAUGCAAAUGAGCUGCUUGCUGUGAACCAAUGGGAACACGUUGAUUCCCUAAGCUGUAACAGUGGCAACAGUACCAGCAUGGCCAAUAAAUGUCUGUAUAAAAAUGGAACAGACGUUCUAACCUAUCUGAGUUACUCAAAGGACGAUAUGUCACUGAACGUGGGUCUACUUUUCGCCCUCCUCGUGGGAUACCGUCUGCUGGCUUUCGUGAUCCUCCUCAUCCGCGCCCGUCUGUCAAGGUCGUGAGCCAGUUUGUCAAAGUCGUGAGCCACUUUAUCAAACUCACGAGUCAACUCGCGCAGCGCGAGAACACAAAGACUCCCACAAGGAAUGUCACACAAGUCGAACAUUUCUCCACAGACUGUGUGGCAAAGACAGUUGUAUGAAUGAAUACGCCACAGCUGUGGUAUGGACUGUCAUAUGAACCUCAUAUUUUUGUGUCAUACCUGCGAAUAUUUAUAUUGCACGGAUGUAAAGCUCCAGACACAAACACAAGUUUAGGUGAGAUAAGGAAUCUCACAUAAAUGUAACGGUUGAUCAACAAACUGUGACAAAGAAUACAUUUUAUUUAAAACCCAGACUUUCUCUCUUUCCCCAUCCCUCUCCUCUUAACUAGUCCGGGACUAGGAAUGACAUGGUCCAAAACACCAGCUUUAAUUUUCUGUAUUUGUUACAUACGUGUAAUAUUAUAUGUUUAGUUAGUUCACCCUGAACUGCAAAGAUGUCGUAAGAACACAAAAAUGUAGACAUGACAUCUAGUCAGACACAUGGAUUGUUUGCCAUUUGUACUACUAGAACUUGUAUACAAGCCACUAGAAAUCCGUAAUUUGCUCUGCGUGAAGGAAGAUAUAGUGUUAACAAAGGGUGUCUACUCACUUUUCUCACAACAGCUUCUUCAUGUUGCUACAGCAGACCAAACUAGACGGAAUAUACACAAUAACUGAGUCAGCAAUGCAAGUAAAACUAUUGUGAUAUUUCCUACUAACAAACCUUGGAUAACAACUAAUUUGAAAGAUGUGCUAAAUGACGAAAUAAAAAUCCCAUUCUCUUCGC